UAAGGCCAGGGUGGGUUAGAGAAAUUAUUCUGUUUACACACUUGCUGUUGCUGUCACUUAAACUGAAAAAAACAGGGCAGAAACAAAGUUAAUGUGUGCUCCAAAUAAUAUUUUUAGUCUUAUUAGAAUACCUCGUACUUAUCUAACUUGGACUGCAGAGAAUGUGUGUGUGGACACUGACGUCAGGCGGGCACAUGAAGCAGCAGUAGAGUCCAGCAACUCUGGACCCUCUCAGAUUUCCUCCAAGUAGUCCAUUCCCAGAACAGACUUGUUGAUAAAUUUAGUCUGAAACGCUCACUGCAUGUCGCACAAGAAGCAGCUACUCACUCAAACAGUUCCACAGAUUUCCAGAACCACCUAGAAGAGCUUUUGCACCAUCUUGAAGAGAUGUAAUCAGAAUAAGUAGAGUAGGAUCGUCAGAGUUCAGACAGCACUCUGUCAAGAAGUGUUGUCAAACUGUGUUAAACAAAGACACUAAAGAUUUUAGAGAAAGCUGACCAGGAGACUCAACAACCAAUACUCACAGAUGUUUGACACAUCACACAUCUCAGAGGCAUGACCAGCUCCUCUGUCCAGCGUGACUUCUGCAGUUCUUUCAGAAGAUUUCUGCUUGGACCACUCACAAGGAUUCCUUUAGAUAUCCUGCCAUGUUAUGAGACUCUUAAACACAUAUCACUGAAGAGUCUGUACAGCAGCUCAGGAUUGUGAAUCGUGCGACAUGGAGCCAUGACCCACUUAGAAGAGGAAGAGCAAGACUUCAGCAGCCACAGUGAGGAUGACAGCCCCAAUGCCAGCUGGUCCUGGUUACAGACCAUGAACUAUGUGGGUCAGUUGGCGGGCCAGGUGUUUGUGCAGGUCAAGGAGCUGUACAGGGGACUCAACCCUGCAACACUGUCUGGAUGUAUAGAUGUCAUCGUGGUCCGGCAGCCUGAUGGCUCCCUGCAGUGCUCCCCCUUCCACGUCCGCUUCGGCAAGAUGGGUGUGCUGCGGUCCCGUGAGAAAGUGGUGGACAUAGAGAUUAAUGGAGAGCCAGUGAGUUUGCACAUGAAGCUGGGAGAGAAUGGAGAGGCCUUCUUUGUCAAAGAGACUGAGAACACACUGGAAAUAGUUCCGUCCUACCUUGCAACGUCACCCAUCAUGUCAGUGGGGGAGCAGUUAAUGGAGUCCCAGCUGGGCAGGGGCAGUGCUUGUCACCAUGACACCAUCCCCUGCAGCUCACUUCCUGUCCAGAGCCUGGGACCACAGCAGAGUGAUGGCGGGAUGACCAAGAAGAGGAGGAAGAGGAGGAGGAAGGCACGGCCAGAGGCAGGCGGAGGAGGAGUGAGGAGAGAGGAGAGCGGGGAAGAGUUCUCAGAGGACGAGGACAUGUUUACUAUUGACUUGAGCUCGGAUGAGGAGAGAGAGGGUGACGGCAGCAGACCUGUGUACGGUGAUCAGGGGUCUACAGCCAACACGCGCAAACACCCCAGCACUGAUUGGAUCCGUUCACAGAGUAAUGUGAUUAAGGAGACUCUCUCCGUCCCUCCACUCUGUGGUCUGUCCAUCUCUUGUCCUCAGCAGACCUCUCACUUAUCUUCCCCUGUUAGCCCCGACGAUUCAUGGUCAUCAAUGCCGAAAAGCGACUCAGAGCUAACCAAUCAGAGCAAAGACAACCCUGAGAUGCUGUGGACCUGGGGGGAGCUACCACAGGCUGCCCAGCCAUCCUUUCUAACUUCCCACCAGAAGCAGGACCCUGCCACAGCAGUCUCCAUCCCAGUGUCUGCUAACACUCACUUCAGAGCCAUCAGUGAUACUGGACCCCCCUCCCUCACUCUCUAUGCUCCCCAGUCGGUGGAGACCGCUGCUAAUGAUGGGGCCAAGGACUCUGAAGAAAGCAAAAAUGGAGCCAGGGUCACACUAACCACUAAUUCUGGGGACAGGGCUAGAGAAGAGCAAGUUAGAGAAGUUGAAAGUAUUGGGCUAUCGUGUGCAGAGAUGGAGGGUUUAACAGCCUGCUCAGCAUCUUCCAGGAUUCUCCUUGAUCAUCUUGGUGAAGGUGGGAAUAGAGGAAGUCCCAUCAGAAGAACUGAUUCACCAAUGAAGAAGAAAGAAAAGAGAAGCCAACACCUGGGUGCUGAUGGCAUAUACCUGGAUGACAUUACAGAGCUAGAGCCUGAAGUAGCUGCUCUCUACUUCCCUAAAAGUGAUGGAGGCAGUAGCUCAGUGAGGGGGGACUCAGAGAUGAUGAUGAUGGGAGUGCGGAGCGCUAAUCAGUCCCCACAGUCAGUGGGCAGCAGUGGGAUUGACAGCGGCGUAGACAGUUUGUCUGACCAAAUAGGGGACCUGCCUCAUGUUGCCAUCUCUUUGUGUGGAGGACUCACUGACAACCAGGAGAUCACAAGAGAGCAAUUCCAGGAGAGGGCAAUUUCUUACCAGCAGUUCUCUGAAAACCCUUCUAUUAUCGAUGACCCUAACCUGGUGGUCAAGAUAGGAAACAAGUACUACAACUGGAACACAGCAGCUCCUGUCAUGUUGGCCAUGCAGGUCUAUCAGAAACCACUGCCGCAGUGUUGGUGUUUGAGUUAUGUGUUUUCUGCUUUUGGCCUUUUCUCAUACUGCCUCCCUGGUCUGUUUGGCUCCAGCCCUUCACAGCCUGCCUCAGUGGAGAACAUCAUGAAGGAGAAGAUGCCAAAGAAAGGAGGACGCUGGUGGUUCUCAUGGAGGAGCAGGAACAGCGACUCCAAAUCAGAAUCAGUGACAGAGACAGGAGGAGACCAAGGAGAGACGUCACUCACCAUGCCCUCAGUGAACAGGAUGAAGGAUGAGUCAUCCUCUAGUGAUGAGGACCACAGAUCGUCCAAUCAGGCGACAGGAUCCUGCCAGUCAGAGCCUCUCAUGAAUUCUGGCAGCAUCUGUUAUAAGAAGACUCUGCGGCUCACCUCAGAGCAACUUGCUAGCCUGCAGCUGAAGGAGGGUCCUAAUGAUGUAGUGUUCAGCGUGACCACUCAGUAUCAGGGCACCUGUCGCUGCCAUGGCACAAUCUAUCUUUGGAGCUGGGAUGACAAGAUAGUCAUCUCCGACAUAGAUGGAACCAUCACCAGGUCAGACACCCUGGGCCACAUCCUCCCCACACUGGGUAAAGACUGGACCCACCAGGGUAUUGCACGGCUCUACCACAAAGUCAGCCAGAAUGGAUAUAAGUUCAUGUACUGCUCGGCAAGGGCCAUUGGCAUGGCUGAUAUGACGCGAGGCUACCUGCACUGGGUCAAUGAGAGGGGAACCAUGCUGCCAAUGGGCCCGGUGCUGCUCAGCCCCAGCAGUCUUUUUUCUGCCUUGCACAGGGAGGUGAUUGAGAAGAAACCAGAGAAGUUUAAGAUCGAGUGUCUCACAGACAUAAAGCACCUUUUUUACACGAACACUGAACCUUUCUACGCUGCUUUUGGCAACAGAGCUACGGAUGUGUAUUCCUAUAAGGAGGUGGGUGUUCCUCUGAACAGAAUUUUCACUGUCAAUCCCAAGGGGGAGCUGAUACAGGAGCACGCCAAAACCAAUAUCUCCUCCUUUGGGCGUCUGUGCGAGGUGGUUGACCAUGUCUUCCCGGUCCUAGUUAGAGAUGAGGGAGCAGACUUCCCCUUCUCUGACACCUUUGGCCAAUGCAACUACUGGAGCGAACAACCUGACCGCACCAACCAGGAAGAAGAAGACCCACAGCCACUUGAGACAAGCUGAGGAAACCCAAUAAAAUCUAGCACUGAAGACGCCGAGGUCCAGCUUUUCUGUCAGGCACAACACAGUGGUCAGUGGUUUUGUGAUUCAUUGUGAAGCUGGCAGCCCAGAUUAUUAUUGAACUUAUCCAAGAACUAUGUGGCUAUUUUCCUGACACUAUACCUGCUAAAUGAAUGGAGCUCUGUGGCUCCUUCAAGGCUCAAAGACAGUACUUAAGAUAAGUAAAUGCAACUACUGAUUCAAAGUAGAUGAAUGUGUUUUCAGUACCCCUUAUAAACAAAUCACCUUGCCAUCAUUCAACAGUGAGAAUGCAAGCAGACAUAGGGGUCCAUUACAGAUAAGACAACUGUGUCAGCUGUGUGUUUUUAAAAUAAAAAAGGGAAAAUAAAUCCCUGAUGAAUUUCAACAGCUUCUUGGGAGUGAUGCUAACUGAUGGUGCUCAACACAGGGUCAAAGACUCACAUAUCACACAUUUGCAAGUGCACUGACUCACAGACAUACGCAAACACACACACACAAAAGUAAAACUUGCAAAGGCAUUAUAUUAUUUUUUAGAAUUCUAUGCAAAAAAAGUGGUUUAGUCUAUCUUAAAAUAAUCAACUGUCCUGAAUUGACCUAAGCAUUGGGUGAAGGGAUCACCAUGCAAAUGAAAUAACAACUUAUUUAGCAGAAAUACUGCUGUACUAGAGAUUCUAUGCUAGCAGCUCUUCCAGAUUGCCUACACAACUGGCUUCCACAAUUGACAGUAAAAUACAAAUUCCAUAUACAAUUCAGCUUUUCAAAUCUCAAAUCAGCCUGUUGGUGCAUCACUCAUUUUGGGUUUUUUUUUUUAAAUCUUGUUUAGGAAAGAAUGCCGGCUUUUUUACCCAUCACAUGCAAUAUAUUUACCAAAUAGUAAGUGGCUGUAGUAAUGUUUUAUGACCUUGCAUGCAGUAGAUACAGCACAGCACUUUGCACCAGAAACACCACAUUACAUUACAUUACUGUCAAACCAUCCAGAACAUGCAAAAAUACCAGACAGUGUAUCCAGUCAUCUUCUGUGCCAAACUCCUUUGCAGGUCGAGCUAAAUGUGUGUGGUCUUCUUACCGUGCUACUGUGAAAGAUGUGGCUCUGGCACAUUUUCUAACUAGUCAAGAUAAAUGCAGGACAAUGCAAAUAACUUCCGUCUGUGUUCUUUCUGUCUGUUAUUUAUACGUGCAAAUAAAUGAACUCCAGUGAUAUGCUAGAAUGUAUAUUAUGAUAAUAACUAAUGCUCAUCAAUGCAAUUACUGUAUAAGCCCAUGCAGGACUCUGGUCAUAUAUCUUCAGUUUUGUAAUGUUGUUACCACACAGAUCAAUAUACUUUUAUGUACAGCAUUAAUCUUUCCUGUAGUGGAGAAUUGAAUGCAGUAUAUUCAGAUGCUGUAAGAUUUUCUCUUCACAAACACAUCUAUUUUUUUGUUGUUUGUACAUAUUUUUUUCAUUUAUUAUCAAAUGUUUAUGUUUUCAUCUGUUGAUCACAUAACAUCUGCUGUACUGCAUUUAUGCCAGAUGAAAGCUUGUCUGUUUAUUUUUACAACAUGUAUAAUUUAAAAUGGAGGAAACCACUGUAGAUAAUCAGUAACAUUAAUUUUUGUGACCAUAUGAAGUGAACUUUUUUUUUUUAAGUUCUGUUAAUCAUUUCAGAGCUGAGAUAUUGUCUAAAAUACUUUGUUACUGGUGCUCAUUCAAAUGCAGCCAUUUUAUGCUAUACUAUAACUGUCUUUUUAAACCGACUGCCUACUGUUGCACUAAGGGGUGGCAGUUUCACCAUGUGACCACUAAAGCAAUAGAUCAACAUGCAGCAUUUUAGGGAAGCCAUAAAGAUGGCUCUUUCCUGCUGUUAAAACUACGUCAUUUUGUUUCAUUUGGUGCCUCUGGUUUAUUAUGGGCAUCAAGAUGGCUAUUUACAUGAAGUGCAAACUACAGCAUGUUUGAAAAUACUUGUGCUUCUUGCAACAUACAGAAAAGUACCUUCAACCCACAUAAAACCUCUGUUAAUUGGAUAGUUGAAAGCAGCUUUGUAUGCCUGACAUCUUCAAGAAAAUGAAAAAAUGUAUGUUUCUACUGCCUUCCUAAUUUUGAAUCAUCUAAAAAAAAAGUAAUUAUCAAAGCAAUUCACCGGAUUUUAGUUAGAAUUUAACAAGGAUAUUUGUACUGAUAUUAAUGUGUCCUAUAUUGAAAACAAAAGUGAAAUCAAAAUGCUAGAAUACUGUGAACAAGCCCUCUGAUUGAUUGUGACUGAGUCUGUUAUACUGUUAUAUACUCUUUGUGCAUAGGAUAGAUAUGUCUGAUUCUGUAGUGUGAUUGACUUUGCCUAAAGGAAAACUAGGAACCAGAAAUUCACCUUUAAUUGGAUCUGAAUCUGUUGAUGUUCACAUGCCUUUGGGGAGUCCAGUGUAAUCUGUGUAAGAGUAAAAGACGCAAGGGAAGCAUGCUGUUGUAAUGUCAAGAUGUAAUGAUCACUGUCUUGUCGCUGAUCUUUGUAGGGAAGUACAUUGCUUUAGUAUUGUUAUUAGUGUGUCAAACAUACGCAGACAUGUUAAGUUGUAAUUAUUCAGGCCAAAAGCACACUCUGAUCUGUGUGAGGUCAGUGUCACGUGUAUCUUGUAAUUAUAGUAUAAAGAUCUCCUGAUUAUAGGAUCCUUUUUUAUGAAAUAUGGAAGUCAAAAGUAAGAGAAGAUUAUUUUUCUUUUAAAUGAACGCAAUGCUCUUCCCAAAGUUUUAGAGUACGUCAUUUUUUUGAGGAUUAUCACCUAAUUCUUUCUGUGAAAGAUCUAUUAAAACUCUUGACCAGUUAUCUAGUCUGUCUCUGUGUUGAUAUGGAUGUUGAUCCAGUUUGCUGUCCUGAUGAUAUUUUGAGCGCUAAGCAGCAGCCUAACGAGCAGUGUGCAUAGUUUGAAUAAAUCUGUAAAAUUGACACAUUUUUCAAUAAAUUCAAAGGUGAUUGCUA